AUGCAACGGGAGCUGGCACGAGGCGAGCUCGACGCCAUCGUCCGCCGGUACCGCAUGAUGCGCAUGUCAGACGGCGAUUGGGGCCAGUCCAUCUGCGAGGGUAUCGACGCAUGUCGUCUAGAAAGCCCUGUCGGGCCCGAGCUGACCACGUCCAUUGCUGACGUUACCUUAGACGAGGCGAGUGCCCCUGACGCGCCGCUAUGGUGCUCGAACCCCAAGUUCAGUGCGUUUGUUGUUGUCAAGGAAGAUGGCGGUCGUGGUGAUGAGGGCGACGGCGCCGGUAGCAAUGUCCUGACCGCGACUGUCACGGAGCGGCUGCGCCAGUGCCGGUCGGAAGACGACGCGAGAGAUAUCAUCAAAGAGGCUUUUGCGGCCCAGAUGGGCACCGCCUUGGGCUUGGACGGUACAGUGUCGGAUCAAGAACUCAUGGCCUCGCGUUCAACCGACCUCGGCACCGACUCCCUAGUCUCUGUGGACCUGCACUCGUGGUUCCUGCGUAAUAUCCAGGUGAACGUGCCAACAUUGAGCAUCAUGGGGAGCGGAAGCCUGGCAGAUCUCGUCCAGAACGCUGUAGAUAAUCUGCCCCGAGAGCUGCUGGCCACUGCCCACGAUUCUGAGGAGGCUAGCAGCGCACAGGACUCUGGAGACUCUUCCCCUUCCCGUGUUGCGGGCAGCGUCACCCCGGCUAUCCCAUCCCACCGUCAAUCAAGUCCACUGCCUAGCAGCGACCUCGCACAGCCACUCCUUGGAAUCUCGGCGUUGACAGCACAGUCGAUUUCCGAUUCGGCUUCAGCUGUCAUCCACUGUAGUGCAGACACGUCGCACGUAAAGCACUUCAUAGACGUGCGAGCGUCGAACCUAGGCUCGACUAUAGAGAUCGCGCGCGAGUGCUUACGGCGUCGCAUUCCGCUAUACUACGUAUCGUCGGCCGGGUUAGGUAUGCUACACAGAAACAGCAGGGAGGAUGGCUUCCCCCCGGGGCACAUUGAUGUGCCGGCGGCACAGGUGCCAGAUAGGACCGAGGGGUACAUAUGCAGCAAGUGGGCGAGCGAGAGGUUUCUGGAGCGGGCGAGUGAGGCGUAUGGUCUGCGCGUCGAGAUCUAUCGGCCGUCGACAAUUGUGCGCAAGGGAAGUGACACAGUCGGGGACGAGGCAGACAAGGACUGGGUGAAUGCAUUUAUCAAGUACGUUAGGCUACUGAAGGCGGCGCCCGAGUCGCGGAGCAACAGCGGAUUUUUGGACCUCGUGCGCGUCGAUACAGUGUGCGAGCAGAUAAUGGGGCGCGUGUUUGAUAGCAGUCAAUCCACCAUGGGUAUUAACGAGGGCAACGAUGUUACUUACUUCAAUGCGGUGGGAGACGAAGUGCUUGCGCUCGACGGUCUACAAAAUAUUGGGCUAGCCGAUAAUGAAGCCUUUACGAAACUACCCAGGGAAGAAUGGACGAGACGUGCUGUGGCGGCUGGUCUGCAUCCUGGCGUGGCCGUGCUCAUUGAGACUAUGGACGAGGUUGGCGUGAAUUACCCGAGAUUGUGGAAGGGCAUGAGCGGGAGUCGGGUUUGA